AUGCGUCUCAUAAACGUCAAAACGCUGAAACUAGAGGAAUUUCUCGACUAUGAAACUCCCCCGUACGCUAUACUGUCACAUACGUGGGGCAGUGACCAUGAUGAGCUCAGUUUCCGCGAUGCUGAGACAGGAAUAAUGGACAAGUCUAUCAGCGGAUGGGUCAAGCUUGAUGGGUGUUGUCGACAGGCUCAGCAGGCUGGUCUCGGAUACGCCUGGAUUGACACCUGCUGCAUUGACAAGACCAACUUGGUUGAGCUUAGCGAGGCUAUCAACUCCAUGUUUCGGUGGUAUAAGCGAGCCUCAGUCUGCUACGCCUAUCUGUCCGAUGUUACUGGCGAUGAUGAUCCGCGGGAGCGCAAAUCCGCAUUCCGCAAGAGUCGCUGGUUCCGGAGAGGAUGGACCUUGCAAGAGCUUCUUGCCCCCAAGCUCUUACAAUUCUACGAUUCGAAGUGGAACUGCUUCGGGACGAAGAGGCACUUAUGUGAUAUCGUAACGGAAAUCACCAGAGUCCCUAGUCAAUUUCUCUGGGGAAUCACCGAUCUGCACAAUGCAAGCGUGGCACAACGUAUGUCAUGGGCUGCUCAGAGGCACACGAAAAGGAGAGAAGAUCUCGCAUAUUGCCUGCUGGGGAUAUUUGGCGUGACAAUGCCGAUGAUAUAUGGAGAGGGCGGUGAUCAAGCGUUUCUCCGCCUACAAGAACAGAUCUUGAAGACAUCGAGAGAUGAUUCUAUCUUGGCGUGGGACCUAAUCGUGAAGGCGCAACCCGAUGUCAGCUCGGGAUUACUCAUUGCUGGGCCUGUUCUAGCUGCUGCACCAUCGCGCUUUGAAAAUUCAGGACAUAUUGUUCCCCGAGAGAAAGCUGCUACAUCUCUAAACUCACUUGACAUUGUUGGUGGCAGUCUUCGAAUCCACUUGUCCCUUACAACGAGCGGCGGGCAAACACUUGGGUUGCUUGGUUGCGGCCCUGAGGAUGAUGCAGAGCAGGUGGUCGGGAUCCCGCUUGCUCAAAUCUCCCCGGAGUCUUCGAGCGAAUACGUCAGGCCAGGGGGCCACUAUUCAAUACUACUGCCGAUGACUUCCGCAACUUACAACCGGCUUGAUCUUGUCUAUAUCAGGAACGGCGGGAGAACCAAGACGUCAGCGGACGUGAAUCGACGCUAUUGGCUCUAUGACGACUAUGCUUUUUCUAAACUUGGCAUAGAACUGAUCGACGUGUAUCCCCGCAAGAAUUGGCAGAAAGACCAAGCCUUGCUAAUUUCACGGCUUGAAUCCGAUGAGGAUUGCGAAUAUCCCACCCUAGCCCGAUUUCGGCACCACGUGGGACAUUUCUUCUCUGCUGAUUUCGUCCUAGCAUUCGAGUUUGCGGUGCGGCGGAAUAACUUUGAGGAGCAGUGCAGUGUUAUGAAGUGUCAGAGAACCACUGGACUUGAAGUCCUGGCCGAAAUGUUCGGAUGUAUGAAGCAUAGAGUAUCCGGAAACAGAGACGCCGGGAAUGGGUUGGUCAACUUGCGAGUGACAUGGCAGCCUGUUGCGCGGCAGCCAAUGUUCAUCCUCAGACCGGAAGAAAUGCCCAACCUGUCGGGUGAAUCUGUCGAUGUAACACUUGAGUUGGAGAGAUUAGACUUGAUGCUAGAAUUUGUUAGGAUUCUUGAGGCUAAAGGGUUGAGUGUUGCUGAACAGGAGGAGAGAUGGACCGAUGUGCAGAAGAGAUGGGAUGAUUUCCGGCGCAUCUAUGGCGGUGAAGACGGCUAUAAGCUGGAGAAGCCGCGUAACUGGUCCCCUUUUCAAUGGGCUGUUGAGAACGGCUAUACCGAGAUGAGUCGACUUCUUCUCGUCAAGACUGGCUCUGUGACAGUCGCUAAUGAUGAUUCGUGGACGCCGUUGAUUGCAGCAUCGCGCAAGGGGUAUGCCGACAUGGUCCAGCAACUUCUUGACAGCAACAAGCUUCAGGGCAGUGAUCUAGAAGUGGAGGAUACCGUAACCGGCCAAACCGUGCUGAUAUGGGCCGCAGAAAAGGGGCAUGAGGCCGUGACACGGCAGCUCCUCGAUGAAGGGGUUAACCUCGAAGCACAAGAUGUUUCCAAGCAGACAGCAUUAUCAAAAGCCGCCGAGAAAGGCCAUACAGCUAUCGUGCAGCUACUGCUAGAGGGAGGCGCCGACAGUGAGGCACGAGAUGCUGCCGGGCGAACACCACUGUCAUGGGCCGCCGAGAAAGGCCACACGGUUAUCAUGCAGCUCCUGCUAGAGAGAGGUGCCGACAUUGAGGCACCAGAUGCUGCCAAGCGAACACCACUGUCAUGGGCUGCGGAAAAUGGGCAUGCUUCUACUACCCGGCUGCUUCUGCAGAAACGUGCCAACCUCGAGGCAAAAAGUCAUGCCGGGCGGACAGCUCUAUCAUGGGCCGCGGGGAUGGGGCACAUGGCUGUGGUUCAGCUACUACUAGAGAAAGGCGCCGAUCUCAAAGCACGGGACAGGGAGGGCCAGACUCCCUUAUCGUGGGCUGUGCGUGGCGGACAUCAGAACAUUGUGCGGCUCUUGCUUAAGCUCCACUCCGAUCUAGAAGCAGCAGCCGAUAACUCUGGCCAGAGAUUGCUUUCACUAGCAACAGAGAAUGGCCACAACGCAGUUGCAAAACUCCUGCUGGAGGAGGGCGCCGACGUUGAAGCAAAGGAUAAAGAUGGGAAAACAGCGCUAUAUCGAGCAGCAGCAAAAGGUCAUACGACCCUUGUGGCGUUCUUACUUGAGAACGGCUCAGAUCUCUUUACGGAAGAUUGCCGGGGCCGGACGCUGCUACCACUCGUUGCGGAAGCGGGUCACAUAUCCACCGUGCUCCUGUUGCUCGAGAAGGGUGUCGAUCUUCGAGGCGGUCAAAGGGCAUUGCCGUUGGCUGCUGGGAACGGGCACAUCGAUAUGGUACAACUGCUCCUUGACAAGGGCGCUGAUCUUGAAGCGAAGGCCUUUGGUCAAACAGCACUGUUGUUGGCAGCGAAGAAUGGGCAUGAGGCUGUCGUGCGGCUGCUGCUUAAGAAGGGCGCUCAUCGAGAGACAGGAGACUUCCAGGGCAGAACACCUUUGAUUCGCGCCGUAGCAGAAGGACGUGAAGCCAUCGCCCAGCUGUUACUCGAAAAAGUCGACACUCUCGAGGAGAAAUGGCAUCGCACAAUAGACUGGAAAUCCCGAACGGCGCAAGCGUUGCCCCUUCAGCAGACAAGCGAGAAUACGUGCAGCACCGUUACACCGCUGCAACUGAGCAGAGGCGCCAACUUGGAGACCAAAGACUGUUUUGGUCGGACGGCAUUGUGGUGGGCGGUCAAGAGAGUCCAUAGUAACGUUGUACAGCUGCUACUCAACAACGGUGCUGACACCGAGGCCAAGACUAACAAGGAUAACAAGGCGAUUCUAUCAUCCGCAAUAAGCAGGGAUUUUUGGGACCCCAUGCGCCGGUAUUGGACGCGUGACGAUGACUUAGAAGUCUGGGCUCGAAAGAGGAGAUAUGAGACUUGCAUACAACUGCUGCUUGCAAAUGAUGCUCACUUAGAAGCGAGGGACAGCAGUGGCUCAACAGCGUUGUUUCAUGCGGUUCAGGACCAUUGGGCAGGGGAAAUAUCCGUGCGGCUGUUGAUUGAAAGCGGUGCUAGGGCCGAUACAGAGGAUAAUGAUGGCCGAACAGCCCUGUCAAUGGCAACUGAUUGGGCCGUAAGGCAGAUGCUGAUAUUGCAUGGAGCAUGA